AUGGAGGUUGAAGGGCAUAGCAAGGCUGCAAGCUCUCCCACCAAGUUACGUUGCUUGACCGACGAUGACAGUCCCAAACUAUCCAUUUCAGCACAGCGGAGCUCUGGAAGAAAGCCGGGCGGAUGGAAGAGCAUGCCCUACAUCCUUGGAAAUGAAACGUUUGAACGGCUGGCUUCAAUGGGAUUGAUAGCCAACUUCAUGGUGUAUUUGAUCAAAGUGUAUCACAUGGAUCAAGUUUCCGCCACCACUUUGAUCAACGUAUGGACCGGCGUUACCAAUUUCUUGCCGCUUCUCGGCGCCUUUCUCUCCGAUGCGUAUGUCGGUCGCUACUGGACCAUCGCCGUUGCAUCCGUUUUCUCUCUUUUCGGGAUGGCGUCGAUGACUUUGACGGCGUGGUUGCCGGCGCUACAUCCGCCGGCGUGCGGUGGAGGGAAAUGCGAGGGGCCAACGCCGUUCCAAAUGGGAUUCUUAAUAAUGAGUCUUUGUGUGGUAUCAAUCGGCAGCGGCGGAAUCCGGCCGUGUAGUAUUCCGUUCGGCGUCGAUCAAUUUGACCCGACGACGGACGCAGGGAGGAAAGGAAUAGCCAGUUUUUAUAAUUGGUAUUACGCCACGUUCAACGUGGUUUUGGUGGUUACUUUGACGAUCGUGGUGUAUAUUCAAGACUCUGUUAGCUGGGUUUUGGGGUAUGGCAUCCCCACGGCGCUUAUGUUCUGUUCCAUCGUUCUGUUCUUCAUGGGUACUCAUGUUUAUGUGUUUAUUAAGCCUGAGGGAAGCGUGUUUACCGGCUUGGUUCAAGUCGCCGUCGCCGCCUAUAGGAAGCGGAAGGUUGAGCUUCCUUCUCUUGAAACGAACCACCGGACAGCUUUCUAUGACCCUCCAUUGGAGCCUGGCUCUGUUGUCCUCUCAAAGCUUCCUCUCACCGACCAAUUCAGAUUCUUGAACAAGGCCGCCGUUGUUAUGGAGAAGGAGCUAAACCCAGAUGGAAAAAGAACAAACAAAUGGAAUCUAAGCACAAUCCAACAAGUUGAGGAAUUCAAAUGCUUGAUCAGAGUUGCUCCGAUUUGGGUUACCGGAAUUCUCAGCCUGACUCCAAUGCUUCAACAGGCGACUUUCUCGAUCUCCCAAGCUCUGCUAAUGGACCGCCGCAUCGGACCCAAUUUCCAUAUCCCACCGGCGUCAAUCAUCGUCAUUUCCUUCCUCACCAUCACUCUCUUCGUCCCCAUCUACGACCGAUUCCUCGUCCCCUUCCUUCGCAAAUUCACCCACCACCAAAACGGCAUUACCCAGCUCCAACGAAUGGCCGUCGGCAUACUCUUCGCCGUUCUCUCCAUGGUCAUCGCCGGCUUAAUCGAGAUGGCUCGAAGAAAUCAAGCCAAUGCCGGCGGCGGUUCCAUGUCGGUAUUCUGGCUGACACCACAAUUCUUCCUUAUGGGUCUCUGCGAGGCAUUUAAUAUAAUUGGGCAAAUCGAGUUUUUCAAUAAGGAAUUUCCAGAGCAUAUGAGGACGAUGGGUAAUGCUCUGUCGUCCUGUUCGAUUGCGUUGUCGAGCUAUGUUAGCACUGCUCUGGUUUUAUUUGUGCAUGGAACCACCGGCGGCGAUGGGCGGACCGAUUGGUUGGCGGAUGAUCUGAACAAAGGUAGAUUGGAUUACUUCUACUACAUCGUUGCAGCGACGGCGUUCUUUAACUUCUUCCUUUUUCUUUACUGUGCUAAGAAUUACCGUUACAAGGGUAAAGAAUCCAACUCCGAACUUGAUUUUGAGCUUGCGAGCUCUGAUAAAAAGCUGGAGGUGUGACUCUUUAAACUAAGAAAAUUGUGUGAUUUGUAGCUUAGUAGAGCGGAAUUAAUAAUGGACAACUAUUUAGUAUAGUUCAAUUUAGAGAUUACUCGACACUGAGAUCUGAU